GCCCAUCCCGCGGCGGAGCGGGCUGGCUGGGCAGCGGGCGCCGGGGCGCGCAGGCGCGGCGGGCGCGCGGCGCGGGAUGCGGUCGGCGCGAGCGCAUGGCAGGAGGCGGGAAGCGCAGGCCGCGCGGCGCGGCGGGAGCCGCCGGAGAGCAGACUGACAAAAAUGGAGCUGUCAAGAAGAGAAGAUCAAAUCAGGCAGAUAUUCCUGAUAGUCUUUGUCAAGAAGCAGAAACAUGCUAUCGGCUUAGGCUGCCUGAGGACUUCUACCAGUUUUGGAAGUUUUGUGAGGAACUAGACCCUGAGAAACCAAGUGAUGCACUUGUGUCAAGUGUUGGACUUAAACUGGUUGGACCAUAUGAUAUUCUUGCUGGAAAACACAAAAAAGCAAAAUCAGCAGAUGUGAACUUCAACCUUCAUUGGAGAUUCUUCUAUGAUCCCCCAGAAUUCCAGACUAUACUUGUUGGGGAUAGCAAAACACAGUAUCACAUGGGAUAUUUCAGGGAUGUGCCAGAUGAGCUCCCAGUGUGGGUUGGUGCAAAUGAAGCUAAGAAGGGCUGUGUGAUUUCACAAGUUGGUGAUAAUGUCUUUGCGGCGGUCAAAUUAUUUUUGUCAAAAAAACUUAAGGAAGUGACUGAUAAAAAGAAAAAUGCUGUUUUGAGAGACAUAGAUGAAAAGCUAACAAGGACAGCAAAAGAUCUGGGUUAUUCUCUGGAACAAAAAACCAUGAAGAUGAAACAGAGAGAUAAGAAAGUGGUGACCAAAGCAUUUCAUGGAGCAGGUCUUGUUGUUCCUGUAGACAAAAAUGAUGUUGGAUACAGAGAACUUCCUGAGACAAAUGCUAAUCUUAAAAAAAUUUGCAAGGCUAUUGUUGAUGCUCCUACUGAUGAUGAGAGAGUGAAGGCUUUUGCACCCAUUCAAGAAAUGCUGACCUUUGUUCAGUUUGCUAAUGAUGAAUGUGACUAUGGAAUGGGGUAUGAACUGGGCAUGGACCUCUUUUGCUAUGGAUCACAUUACUUCCACAAGACGGUGGGCCAGCUGCUGCCCCUGGCUUACACGCUGCUGAAGAGGAACCUCUUCGCCGAGAUUAUCGAGGCGCACCUGGGCAGCCGGCGGGAGGAGGGCCUGGACCAGCUGGAGCCCUGAGCCGGGCACGGGGGCUACGGCGGGGCGGGCGGCCUUGGCUUAUCUGUCUGUCUGUGUGUGUGUGUGUUUGCGGGGCUUUUUGUACUCGGUGGCGGUGUCUUGGGGGUCAGUAAAGCUUUUCUAAGGA